AUGCCUCCAGUACUGUCUACACUCACAUCGGGCGUCUCCUCCGAAGCCGCGGAUGGGCAUAGCACCAAUACUCUUGUUGGAGAGUGGAAGGCAAAGGCGCCUUUGCAGCCGCAAACGACACAGCAUGGAUCCUCAACCAAAUUGAAGGCCGCUGGGGAUUUGGAAUCUUCAUUCACCUCCACUAUGAACAACGAACCCAGUUCUUUGUCCUGCGCUGAAACAGAAAGUGCUAAGCGCAAGAUUGAGAUGGAAGGGUAUUUGGAGGCACAAGAGGAAAUGGAAGCCAAAAAGAAGAAAGUUCGGAAGAAAGCCCAUACACCAACACCAAACGUUUCGCACAUGAAACUUCGGGCUGCUGUUGAUGCUGGGGACAACUGGGAGCUGGAUCUGGAAAACAAACACGGACUCUCCGACUUAGAGGCCUGUGUUUGCGUUGGUCUUGUUGCCAAGUAUCAGAAGCAGGAUGCUUUCCCUGAUUCGGAGUCCGGAGUGAAUAAGCAGUUUGUUGAUUUUGCACUCAAGGGAUGGCAACUAAUGAAAGAUCUAGACAAGCUUCUCAAGAAGUAUCCGCAGGAAGCUGGUGAACAGACGAAGAUCAAUGGAGUUUGGAAAAUGAUCUCAGGGGAACCCACUUUGGAAGAAGUGAGAGCUGAGCAUGAGAGGAAGUUGGUUUUGCGUAAAUCCAAGUAG